AACUCACAAAUCACAAUAGUUGAUUUUAUAUCAAACAAACGCCAGCAGGCAGCAGCCACCUCAACCUAACACAAGCAAUUCACAUUCCACUAUUCAUCAUUUCAAGAUUUUGAACCCCCCAAACAUGUUCAUUCAUCACAAUAUAAACAAGGAAAAUAAUUGAAUAUUUUUUUCAUGCCUUGGGUUGUCAUCCUUGAUAGUUGAUCCUAGAUUUGACUACUCCAAGAUUUGACCAAUCUCUUCCACUCUUAAAACAAAAAAUAAAAAUAAAAAUAAAAAUAAAAAUCAAACUAGUACAGCUCUCCAAAAAUCUUUUCGCUCCUCUCUUCUUGUGCAUUCCUUUCAUCUAUCUCCCUUCUCCUUCUGCCACUCUCCCAAAUUCCUAUUUUAGGGUUUCCAAUAUUAUUUCUCUCAGGAUCUGAGCUUACUUUCGAUACUCUCCUAACAUUCUCUUUGUUAUUUUAUUUUUCUCCUGUUUUUCUGGCCGAACUUUGAGUUGUGCAGUUCACAGCUUCACUCUUCAACUUCCUGUUAUUAUUUUUUUGAUUUUAUUUUGUUGCAUUUGAAGGUUUACUGUUGAACUAUAGUAGCUAUUAUUUGAAAUUUUUGAAGAAUAAUUUACAUGAAAUUGGAGUAAUUUGAAUGUGUAAUAGAGUGAUGUUUGAGUAAAACAAAAAAAUGGCGUUGAAAGUAUCGGGUGCGAAAGCAGCGGAAGUUGCGAUUGGAUCGAUUGGUCGAGGAUACGAUAUAUCAGCAGAUCUUAGACUUAAAUUUUGCAAAGGAGAGUCGUCGGAUUCUCGUUUGAUUGAAAUUGAUGAGCAUCAUUGUCAGGAGAUUGCCUUGCCUGGUGGAAUCAAUGUUCCGAAUGUACCCAAUUCCGUUAAAUGUGAUAAAGGUGAAAGAACCAGAUUUAGGUCUGAUGUUCUUUCUUUUCAACAGAUGUCGGAACAGUUUAAUCAAGAGAUAUCAUUAACGGGUAAAAUACCCUCUGGCCUCUUUAAUACUAUGUUCGAGUUCUCUGGAUGCUGGCAAAAGGAUGCAGCCUACACAAAAACAUUGGCAUUUGAUGGGGUUUUCAUCACCCUUUAUACUGUUGCUUUAGAAAAAAGUCAACUAGUAUUGCGUGAUCAUGUGAAACAAUAUGUCCCUUCAACAUGGGAGCCUGCUGCACUAGCAAGGUUCAUUGAAAGAUUUGGGACCCACAUUAUUGUGGGGGUAAAGAUGGGAGGGAAGGAUGUUGUAUAUGUAAAGCAGCAGCACUCGUCAUCCCUUCAACCUGCUGAAGUACAGAAAAAAUUGAAGGAGAUCGCUGACAAAAGGUUUUUAGAUGCCAAAGGGCAGGAUGACAUGAAUUCUGGUCAAAUUUAUCAUGAUGGAAAGCUUGAUGUUCGAGAACAGCGACUGAGAUUUGCAGAUAUGAGCCCUUCUUGUUCAUAUUCACACAAGGAGGACAUUACUACCAUUUGCAAGAGGAGAGGCGGAAGCGAUAAAAGGAGUCCUCAUUAUGAAUGGUUACAAACUGUACAAAUUGAGCCAGAUGUAAUUUCCAUGUCAUUUAUCCCAAUCACGUCUCUGUUGAACGGUGUCCCUGGGAGUGGGUUCUUAAGCCACGCAAUAAAUCUUUAUUUACGCUACAAACCACCACUAGAAGAGCUUCAUCAGUUUCUAGAAUUUCAGUUACCAAGGCAAUGGGCACCUGUGUUCAGUGAACUUCCCUUGGGUCCUCAACGCAGGCAACAAAACCAUGCAUCUCUGCAGUUCAGUUUCAUGGGUCCGAAGCUCUAUGUCAAUACCACUCCGGUUGAUGUUGGUCGGAGGCCUGUGACGGGCCUACGGCUUUAUCUUGAAGGUAGGAAAAGCAAUCGCCUGGCCGUCCAUCUGCAGCACUUGUCAUCUCUUCCUAAAAUUUUUCAACUGAAAGAUGAUCCUAUUGGGAAUUUUCAGCAAGAACACUAUGACCGGAGGUUUUAUGAAAAAGUUGGAUGGAAGAAUUUUUCACAUGUAUGCACAGCUCCAGUUGAGUCUGAUGAAGAUCUUUCAAUUGUAACCGGAGCUCAGCUGGAAGUUGGGGACUAUGGGUUCAAAAAGCUACUUUUUCUUAGACUCCGUUUUUCCACUGUUUUGGGAGCAACACUGGUAAAGAACGCAGAGUGGGAUGGAUCUCCAGGUUUGGCCCGCAAGUCAGGGCUCAUAUCAACUUUGAUCAGUCAGCACUUUACGGCAGUGGCAAAACCCCUACCGCAGCCUGCUGAUGUAAAUAUCAACUCUGCUGUGUAUCCUGGUGGUCCUCCAGUCCCUGUCCAAGCACCCAGGCUGUUGAAAUUUGUUGAUACGACAGAGAUGGCAAGAGGACCGCAAGACACCCCAGGUUACUGGGUUGUUUCUGGUGCAAAGCUCCUUGUUGAAAAGGGUAAAAUCUCGCUCCGGGUGAAAUAUUCAUUACUUACCCCUAUUUUACCCGACGAUGAUGAGUUCGAAUAAAUGCUUUCGAAUCUUCUUUUUAAUGGAUUGGUAGAAAAUUGAAGGGAAAUAUAUUGUGGAGUGAAUGAGGUGAAAUUUUUACGACAGCUUGGAUGCAAAUCACCACAUUAUUGAUUGAAGAAACUGUGCAAAUGCAGGCAAAAGGUGGUGGGAAAUUAAGGAAUUUUUUUCACUAUGGUUGCUAUAUGAACUUUUGGUUUGAUCUACUCCCCUUUCCUGCUUCAUCAGAAAAAGGAAAUAGAAGAAAAUAGUUUUCAGCGUUUUAUGUAAUUUGUGAUCCUUGUCUAUAUAAUGGAAAAAGAAAGGCUGGGUGUUUGCAAUUCAAGUGCUCACCGCUUCAUUGAAAA